AUGCCGCACGCGGUAUCUGUUCCGGACGCUCAGGAGCAAGCGGACAACAGCCUCAUCAGCAACCUGCUGAGCGGUGGGAAUGACGGGCAGGAUAACUUCGACUUUCUGAAUCGGGACCUUGUGCCCGGGGAGAAGGCGCAGGAUGCGGUUGAUUUCGAGGACAUAAGCGACGAUGAUUUGGCAGAAGAGGAAGAUGCGCCGGACACGACGGCCAGGGCCAACGGCGACGUAGCUGGCGACACUGAGGACGACCUUCUCGGAGAAUCGUUUACUGAGCUCAACGGCGACGGCGGUGACGACGAUCCCUUCGCUGAUCUCUUUGGCGACGAACCUUCAUCCCCUACGACAGAGCUCGACGGAGUGAACGGGGGUCCCCAGGCAGAUUCGGGAAGCCUUUGGUUGCCACCUACUGGCCGUUUGUCGCUGCCCGGCUCUUUCGCUAAGCCUCAGGUUGAUCGCCCUGCUCCGAGACAGCCAAGCCCCGAAAGCGCAUCUCCCCAGAACCAACCCUCCGAUAUCGAGGACGAAUCCGACGAGGAUCCUGAGCUUCGAGAGCAGCGGCAGCUGUUCGCACAGGCUCGGCGAGAUCGAGAAGACCGGUCGCGGCGAGGAGGGGCCUCCACAGACCUCCCACCGCACCCGCAAACCAACGCUGAAAUCUUCGAGGCAAUAUGGCCCGAUUUCGAGCAGGACAAGCCGCCCCGCUUUGGAGUGCUCCUUCCAGGGAAACGGGCCUUCUACCUCGCUAAGACUCCUUCAAAGGCUCCAAAGCCGAUUCAGCCUACGAAGGUGAGCCUCGAGCUUGGCCAGGACCAGGAGCGAGGUUUCAGGCUUGCAGGGGCCACCACCGCGAAAGCGGCGCGGCAAGCAGAGGUGGAGCAGAAAGGAUUGGUCCCGGUGAUAGAAGCUGAAUCCGGAGAACCUGAUAGCGACGACGAUAUGGAGCUCGAUAUACAUGAUGAGCGGGAGAACAUCGGUGGGGUUACUUGGCAAGACUUUAAUGUACUCUGCGAAGACUGGGACAUCCGAAGUGAGGCUUCGUCUGGAGCGGCAGAAAUACGGUUUAACGGCGAAGAAGAUGUUUUUGAUUUCGAUGACAACUACGAUGCGCCUCCGCCUAAGAAGCGGAAGGUAGCAGAGCGGGAAAUGAUCCCAAUUUAUCAAGACACAAUCCCCCCGCUGGAUGACCCAGAAGCCGUUACAGCGAAGAUAUCACGGCGCAUUACCCUUGACCUCAACGAUCCGCAAAUGCUCAUUGAUAUUCAGCCGCCAGACGUUGCGCAGAAGAGGGCCCGCGCAGCUGGGUCUAGUUUCCGAAAGGACGUGCAAGGCAGCCUUACCAAGACCCUGUUCCGCAGAUACAACAUCUCGAACGAUGAAGCUUACGAUGCCCUCAAGGAAAACCACUCUCACAAGGUUCGGAGCACCCUCGGCAACCUUACAGUCGAGCACAGUUUGCCUGCUCUAAAGCUUCAGUAUCCGUUCUACAAGGUCAAGCUCAGCGCACGAGAAGCGCGAUCCUUCCAUCGGCCUUCCAUACACUUUCAUCCGAAUCAGUUGGUCACUUUCUCUAAACUCAAGUCCACCAAGCGGAAACAUCUCAAGGGCAAGGAAACGCAAGAGAUCUUCAAGGAAUCGGCCGAUUUGACGUUGGGCGAUAAUUCCAAUAUGGUUUUGAUGGAGUACUCUGAGGAGUAUCCCAUCAUGAUGUCCAAUUUCGGUAUGGGCAGUCGCCUCAUCAACUAUUACCGGCGCAAGGACGCGGAAGAUAACACCCGGCCGAAGCUCGACAUUGGAGAGACAACGGUCCUUUUACCGCAAGACAAAAGCCCCUUCUCGCUGUUCGGCAACAUUGAGCCUGGUCAGACGAUGCCAACCUUGCAUAACGCAAUGUUCCGAGCGCCUGUCUUCAAACAGGAGGCUAAACCCACCGAUUUCUUGGUUGGACGUAGCACUACUGGCGUGCAUGGCUCGAACUGGUACAUGCGCAACAUCGAAAAUGUCUAUGUUGUCGGCCAAGAGUUUCCAUCAGUUGAGGUGCCGGGCACGCACUCGCGCAAGGUAACCGAGGCUGCAAAGCGCCGGCUGAGGAUGAUCUCGUACCGUGUCUUCUCGAAGAACCAGCGCCCAGGCUACCGAGGACCUCCGCUUAGCAAUGAUGUGAUCAGGCAGCAUCUACCGGGGACCGAUAUUGCCCAAAACCGCGGCAAGAUGAGGGAAUUUAUGCAAUACGAUAAAGAUUCAGGGACCUGGGUUCCGAAAAAGGGCGAUGUCAUCCCGGACGAUUCGACCAUGCGCAGCUGGAUAAAGCCCGAGGACAUUUGCUUGCUUGAUUCUAUGCAGGUUGGUCAUCGCCACCUUCAAGACGCUGGAUACAGCAAAGAGGAAGAUGUAGCUGGGGACGACGAUGAAGAGAAGGACGGCCAGAGCUUGGAGCAACAGCUCGCGCCAUGGCAAACGACAAAGAACUUCCUUAACGCCUGUCAAGGCAAGGCGAUGCUGCAGCUGCACGGCGAAGGCGACCCCUCAGGCCGUGGCGAGGCUUUCAGCUUUGUGAAGACAUCUAUGAAGGGCGGCUUCAAGGCCGUUGGCGAGAGUAUCGAAGACAAACUUGAUGCGAAGAGGAUCAAGGAGCUGGGGGGCCACAGCUACAACGUCGCCCGGCAGCAGCGCGCUUACGAAGACUCUAUUAAGAGGAUCUGGGAAGCGCAGCAGCGCAGCCUUUCAUCAACGAUCGAACAUUCUGACGUCGAGAUGUCCGUCGAUGAAGAGCCGGAGCACCCCCACCGUGAUCAUAGGUCAAGAUCGGAAGUCGGCACGCCGGCAGGCUUGCGCCGCGACGAUGAGACUACUAGCCAGUUCAGUCGCUUCAGCACCAGCAGCCAGAAGGGUAAAGUGCUGAGGAUCACUCGCAUGACCGUUGACAGAUUUAGCGGUAAAUUGGAACCUGUCGAGGAGAUUAUCAAAGAUCCGAAAGUCAUCCGGGCGUACCUCAAGCGCAAGCGCGAACAGGAGCUGAACAACGUCGACCUGUCACAGUUGAAGUCAACAGGUGAUAAGGAGCAAGAUGAACUCAGGAAGAAGCUCCUCCUCGACGAGCUCGCCCGCCUUGAGCGCAAUAAAGAGCGCCGCCACGUCCGCGAAAAAGCCAAAGGCCUGCACAACGGCUCGAGCUCUCAGCCCGCAACCCCCGGCUCCCCCUCCGCCGGCCCGUCCAAAGCAGCCGGCACACAGCGGCGCUGCGCCAACUGUGGUCAGGUUGGCCACAUCAAGACCAACAAAAAGUACUACGAAUGCAACAUUUGCCUUUCCUACUACUCCGUCUCUCCCUAA